ACAAUCAAUAUCUGAAGUUGUUCGAGCUACAACAGAUAUAAUUCUGGCAAAUAAUGGAAGAUUGUUAAAUAAUUUACAAGACCUACAAUGGUUGGAUAGAAAUAAAAUGACAUAUUACUCCCAGGCUGUUCAUGCAAAAGGUGGUGCUAUGCAAAACUGUUGGGGCUUUAUUGACGGCACUCCAAGACAAAUAUGCCGUCCAUCAGUGGAACAAGAAAAUUAUUAUUCAGGGCACAAAAGGUUCCAUUGCCUUAAAUACCAGUCUGUGCUGUAUCCAGAUGGGAUUAUUGUAGGCCUAAAAGGUGCAUUUCCAGGCCGAAGACACGAUGCUGGAAUAUUUCGGGAAUCAGGACUAUAUAAUGAGCUAGAGCAUGUAGCUAAUUUCGGUCCUGGUGAAAAAUUUUCUUUAUAUGGAGACCAAGCCUAUGGUUUAAUGGAUUUACUAAUAACACCAUACCAAGGCAGACCUGCAGAUCUACAACCGUAUCAAGAGCAGUUUAACCAGUCAAUGAAAAGGUUGAGGGUAUCUGUUGAAUGGGGCUUCCAAAAAGUAGUAGGACAGUUCGCAUUCAUAGAUUUUAGAAAAAACCAGAAGCUUCUCAUGCAAGAUGUCGAGUCAAUGUAUAAAACAACAGUGCUAUUGACGAACUGUCAUACAUGUCUUUAUGGAAGCCAGACGGCAACAUAUUUUAAUAUUGUACCACCAAACAUAAAUGUAUAUUUUGGAAUUCAAUAA